AUGUAUUCUCUCGGCGUCGAAGGAGACGAGACGCUGCCGGCCCAGCAGGCGUUCGUCUCCGCGCCCAGCAUCGAGGGCUACAGCAAAGCGCCUACCGGACAGAAUGGCAUGAGGUCGCCAGGAAGUGGGUCUUUUGACUUCGGACAGCAGCUGACGAGACAAUUGACUCAGGCCAUCAAUGAAAACCUGCGGCCUCCUACCGAAAUCGACGACACUCCGCGCGGCGAGCACCACAGCCCGUUCAUUUACUUUUUCACGUCCGCUCUACUCCGCAUCGGAUCGUCUCUCCAGGCGGCUUGCCUGCUGUUCAUGUGUCUCUUCUACCUCGCCUUUGGCGGUGGCGGCUUGUUUGUUUUCGAUGAGUUUGCGGGCCCUGAAUCCGUACGCAUGUCUGACGCGUUCCACCUUAUUACGUCGAUCCUGAUGAUCGGGUACCUGAUGGGCACCUUCGGCAUUGCGCUCUUCCAACUCUUCGUCGCGGACUCUAGCAAAUGGACUCGGGGGUUCCGAGCGGGUUCGAAGACGCUGUCCUGCGCGGUGACACUGGAUGCCGUCUCGGGCUGCCUGCGCGUGGUGCAGUACAUCCACGCGUACCUCUUCUCAAGUGUUCAAUGGUGGGCAAAGUAUCAGCGAACUCAGUCCGAUUGGGGCCUCUACCAUUUCUCCAGCACCUUGCACGCCUUCGCACUCGUCAUGUACGGCGUCGGCUUCUUCCUGUUGGAAAGCUACCAUGACCAAGGCACCUACGAGGAGUAUGCGUGGAGCAUGCUGGGUCUUUACACGACUGCAGGACUCGCAGAGCUUUUCAUGGUGUAUACCGGAUACGGGGCGUUCUUCACUCUCCUCUUGGUCGCCGCCCUCAUCGUUACGGUGAACUGGGCGUUCCAGUUUGAGCCGCUGCUGGAAAAGUGGUCCCCCGACCUUCACUCGCGCAACUUGAAUGAGAACAUGCUUCCUUUCUGCGACGUCGGAACUGAAUCCGAGGCCUCAGCGCCUGUCACCCACCAAGCUACUUCGGGGACCUUGGCAUAUGGACCGACGCGAUACCUCACCCGAGAGCUCCCCGUGGACGACGCGUCCAGCCUGCAUCGGAGCGCCAGCGUCUUGAGCGGCCACCGAACGGCCGGUUAUUCUGAGUCCGGCGCCGUGGGUGUGCCUCUCUCUACUUUUUCCAGCUCUGUGCCUGGGGUCAAUGAGAUGCCCACAGCGUACGACUACUCGGCUUUGCAUCAGCAAAUUGCAAACAGUGGAGUUGAACCGGGACUCGUGCGCAGCACAGGAUCGCGGCAGUACCAGUGA